AUACACUGCUUGAUAUACCAGUACCAUAAUGGUCAGAUCAAAUGUUGAAAACUUGUAUUGGACCAGUAUUUAAAAUCUUGAUACCGAGCAUAGCAACAAAGAGGAGAUCCAUUAGCAAUCCCAUCUAUAAUGGUUGGGAAUAAAUUUUUUUAGUCUUUGUUGUCAGUAUUAAUUAGUUAUUUUAAAAGGACAGUCUUUUGUGAAUGGAAGUAUAUGCUUGAUUAUAUUUACAGCAUCUCACUACUUGUUUUUUUCUUCUUCCACUGCAUGUAAACUGUUUUUUGCAUGUUAUAAUUGUUACGCCUGCUGCCACAAUUUCGAUCAUCUGAUUAGAGUUGAUUCACCGUUGCAGAUUCAUACCAUGCUCCAUGGCCUUUCUGAAGAAGAGUUUGGACCACAAAUUCAUUUCAGGGAGUACUCAUUCCUGCAGAAUCCAUCAGUGCCCAAACAUGUGAAGGAAUCAUUACUUAAUGUUCAACUUUGUGAUGCACAUUCCAAAGGAUGCAAUAUAUCCGAUGGAACAACUAGCCGUGAUUUCAUCCAAUUUCCCAGAAAUAGCACUGAGCAGAUGUACAUGCAAGUAUUCUCCCAGUACAAAGAUAUCAAAGUCUUGCACUUUUCAUCCAUGGCGAAUGCCUUCCAAGGGUUCGAUGAUGAGGCAAGAGAAGUAAAAUUUAGAAAUCGCAUGAAGAGAUACGUCGGAAUGUGGUGUUGCGUGGAGAACCGUGACCCUGGCCACAUAUACUAUGACAUAUACUGGGAUGAGAAACCAGAAUGGAAACCUGAACCACCACGAACUAGUCAAGAUGAUCAUCCACCUUGGGAUUGAACAUUAUAUUUGCUUGUCAUGAAAGAUCAUCGUCAUCUGAAGUUUCAGACAUAAUUAUACUUGUUGAAAACAUUAUUCAUCCUAUAAAUGAGAAUUUUUUGAUGUA